GUGUGUGUGUGUGUGUGUGUGUGUGUGUGUGUGUGUGUGUGUGUGUGUGUGUGUGUGUUGAAAAGCUCUGCUCUUCGUUCAGUCUCCACCAUGCACGAUGCCUUCCCCGAUCCCUGUGACCCGCCUGCUGCCCAGAGACCUCUACCCCUCCCUGGACAUCGGGACGUGCAGCAGCCCGCUGACCAAACACCCGCACGGCUCCACCCUGCAGGUCCCUGCUCAGCGGCUCCACGGCAGGGUGGGCAGCCGGCUCUGGUCCUCCGUCAUCCUGUGGAAGGAGCUGCGGUCCGUGCAGCCGGUGGGCUCCGGCGGGUUCGGCUCCGUGUACCGGGCAGAGUACCUCGGGGAGACCGUGGCGCUGAAGCGGGUGAAGAAGUGCACGAAGAACCAGCUGGCUUCCCGCCAGAGCUUCUGGGCCGAGCUGAACGCGGCGCACCUGAGACACCAGAACAUCGUGCGCGUCAUCGCGGCCACCACCUGCGUGCCCGCGGACCGUGGAGAUGAGAGCAGCAUCGGGACGAUCCUGAUGGAGUUCGUCGGGACCCGAGACCUGCAGCAGAUCAUCUACGGCGGCGCGGAGCAGCUGGGGGGGGACCGGUGGUUCAGGUACUCCACCGACAUCCUCCGCGGGCUCCGGUUCCUUCACUCCCACGGCGUCGUUCACCUGGACAUUAAACCGGCCAACGUGCUCGUGUCCGCUCAGGACGUCUGCAAGAUCGUGGACUUCGGUUGUUCUGUGAAACUGGACCGCGGGUCUGAGCCGAGCGCCAUCAGCCCCCACUUGAGCCACGUCGGCGGCACGUACACGCACCGAGCCCCGGAGCUGCUGAAGGGCGAGGGGGUGUCUCCUAAAGCGGACAUCUUCUCCUUCGGGAUCACGGUGUGGCAGCUGAUCACCAGGGACCAGCCCUACACCGGAGACCGGCAGCACGUGCUUUACGCCGUGGUGGCGCACAACCUGCGGCCGUCGGUCCAGGAACACCCGUGGUUCGGGUCGGAGCAGGGCCGGCUGUGCAGGACUCUGCUGAGCCGGUGCUGGAGCGGAGAGGCCCGCUGCAGACCCAGCGCCAAGGAGCUGCUGCCUCAACUGGAGCAGCUGAGGCCGAGACUUGAAUCAGUGCAGCCGGGGAACACGCACCGGCAGCCGGACAUGUUGCAUCUUCUAGUCGGUACAUCAGCUGCUCAGGACGGAGCAGAGGACUGAGGUCUCCGGGUCUGUUACCCUGGUCACACUGAGGAGGACGGAGCAGGGGCAGCUCACCUCAAUUUAUUUUUAAUAAUUCUGGAAAAAAAAGUCUAAAGUUUAAUCAGAGUUCAAUUCACCUUUUUUUUCUGAAUGAUUAAAAAAUAAAUGUUGUGUCCAUAACCCUGAUCCAUAUGUUGAUCAGAAUGAGCCUCAGCAGAGUGAAACUGGAUGAACAUUUAAGGGCUGUUUGGUUUUAUAUUCACACAGUGAACAGUCUGUUAAACCUGUUGCAGUGUGUGUGACAGUGUGUGUGUGGCAGUGUGUGAGACAGUGUGUGUGACAGUGUGUGUGACAGUGUGUGUGACAGUGUGUGUGACAGUGUGUGUGGCAGUGUGUGUGGCAGUGUGUGUGACAGUGUGUGUGAGACAGUGUGUGUGACAGUGUGUGUGUGACAGUGUGUGUGACAGUGUGUGUGACAGUGUGUGUUGCAGUGUGUGUGUGACAGUGUGUGUGACAGUCUCUGCAGCUGUUUUAUCACUGUCUUUAAAAUGUCUGUCGUUGAGUCUCGUCACUGCUUCAGGUCAAAUCCUCUUUAUUCUCAGUUUUACUUUAAAGUUUUACCGUCAUGGAAACAGAGUGGAUCGUUCCUGUAGGAGACAGUGUCACUGUGAAAGCUCUGACUCUGUUUUAACCUCGUGUUUCUUAAAUUAUAAACUCCAAAUGUGAAACGUUUUAUUUUCCAUAAUGAUUGUAAAAUGAGAUUUAAGUGUUUUCAUUAAAAUUAUUUUUAUACUACA